UGUAGAACUUGUCGUGCUAGCGUGCCAAGCAAGCGAGAGGCUAACGCUUUUUUGGGUCCAAACGCGAUGCCAUAAGACGUGGGAACCACCCAACGAUCCUCCCAGAUCGAUCGAAAGUACCGCCGGUUCUCCUCGCCGUAGGCCUCGCCCUCCGUCGCCGUCUCCGCAGCCUCGCUUUUCGCUUCUCCUGCGGCCAGCAUUCCAGUACUAAGGUUUUAUAGAUUGAUAUUAAAAAAAACAAAUCAUUUUCUAAGAAAUGGCAAGAAGAAUCAGAAGCAACCGCAGAAACUCUUCUUGGAUGUUUAGGUCAGCUCCAUAUCCGUCGCCUUCCUUUCACCGAGUUAUACCAAAGAAAGGGGAAUUGAAAACUACCUCUACUUCAGAAAAAAAGGAUUGGAAGGGUGCUACCUGCCCAGUUUGCAUGGAGUACCCACACAAUGCUGUUCUCCUUCUCUGUUCAUCUCAUGACAAGGGCUGUCGCCCCUACAUGUGUGCGACCAGCUACCGCUACUCCAACUGUCUCGAGCAGUUCAAGAAGGCACAUGCUAAAACUACUGCUAUGAAUGCAAAUUGGAGCUGGAAGAAAUCUGAGGUGACUGAGCUAGCAUGCCCUCUUUGUCGUGGACACGUGAAGGGAUGGACAGUCGUGGAACCUGCACGUGAAUAUCUCAACCAGAAGAGAAGAAGCUGCACUCAGGAUGAGUGCUCCUUCAAUGGAAAUUACAAGGAGCUCCGAAAGCAUGUGCGCUCUUCACACCCUCGUGCAAAGCCCCACGCUGUUGAUCCAGACCAUGAACAGAAAUGGAGAAAUAUGGAGAACCAACGGGAGCAUGCAGAUGUGAUCAGUACGAUAAGGUCUUCCAUGCCUAGAUCAGUAAUAUUGGGGGACUAUGUGAUAGAAAUGGGUGAUACCGACUCAGAUUCUGACUUUUCUGAUUUUAGCGAUGAAUUCUUUAGUGCUGCAAGUGGGAGGGUAAGCAAUGCUCGGAGUAUCUUUGGUGUCUUUCUUCGAGAGGCUGCUCGUCGUCGGAGACUCAGGGAAGAUAAUAAUGCCCGGGGUCCUGGCAUUGUUGAGCGUGCUUCUGAUGGUGUCGGUGAUGACGACGAAGUCGAAGGGAGUUCCUUAGGUGUAGUUCAGUCUCAACGGCAGCAUAACAGACAUCGCCAUCGCCGCAGGGGCCAAAGGGGAUCAGCCCACACCACUUGAUUGUUGUGAGAUAAGUAGGAUCGCAUUUACUGAUGAUUGUUCAUAAACCUUAGUUAUUCUCGAACUAUUCAUUUGAACUAUUGCUGACAAAAAUGCCUGUCAGAUAUUGAAACAUCAAAGAUGUUCCUUCCGUCUGUCUAUGCCACUGUAUUUAUUUGGAUGUACACUCUAAUUUCUCCGAAGCAAACUUGUUAUCUGGUGACUGACUGUUUGGUUUUC